UGUGGUGCGCGCCGCUGGGAUAAGGGGAGGCGGGUACCUGGCGGAGCGCGCUGCCAGCGGCGCUGCCGGAGGGUGCUCACGCUGAGCUGCGCUCUCCUGUCGCCGCAGGCUGAGGAGCUGGGGACAGAAGUAGCUCAGCCCAGGACGGAUGCUGAAGCCCUGGGCACGGGCUCGAGAUGGGACCAGCUCGGGGCGAAAAGGCUGGGUAGCCAGGGUGGUAGCUGCUGUAGGCUAGGCUGGACCAUGGCUAAGCUGGGGAAACGCUGGGUUUUCGCUGCCUCGGGGAAAACGGCGAAGAAACCUGAGGUGGCUGUGUUCUCACAGUAGCUUAACCUGUGUUGGGAGAAGCUGGAGCGCCGCUACCUCCACGCUGCUUUUGAACUUUGCUCCGCACCCUAGCUGGAGUGUAGGACUGGGAAAGAGGGGCAAGCUGCCCUCUCUCUCUUAAGGUUCCUCAUCCAGAAGUGUAAAACCUCAAGGGGGGUUGGGUCCCAUGACUUAACGCUUUCUGAAUUGCCUGUUUGCCUCCUUGUGCCCUGCAGUCAGCUCCCUAGCGCAAGGUUUGAUGUGCUUGUGAUUACCUUUUACUCCCUUCUUCCUUUCCCCGCUCUUUUUGCUCGUUCUGCUACACCCCGUGUCCUUCUCCAUCUGGAAGAGGACUGAUAGGAAGGGGCCACUUGCUUUUCUCCGGGACUCUGUUCUGGGGAAGAGACGGAGUAAUAAUGACCACCUUACUGUGCUCUGACUUGGAAACCCUGGGCAUCUGGGGCAACUUUCAGAAUGGCUGUGUGUACUCGGACGUGGCCUUCAGUGACGGGGAAAUGGGUUUCACCCGAUCCCUAGAGCAGAGCGGGCCAGCAUCCUAAGGCUUGAAGUGGCCUUCCAAGCAAAGGACCGCCUCAAGAAGAGCAUCAUGCGUGCAAACUCUGCUAGUACUUCUACAAGAUGGACUGCAUCUUCAGCUGAGAGUUCCCGGACUAGGAGAAGAACCUUGUGCAGACAUGAUCCUGAGGCAGCUAUCGAGGCAGGCAUGAGAGACAGUAGAAGCCUAGGAACUAUGGACAGACAGCAUCCUAAGGAGACGGGGCGAGAUGGAUGAGGCAGACUGAUGUCUUUCUAGAAGAAGUUGGGCAAAUACUUUUCCUUUGCCCAGUGUCCCAUCAAAAUGGAACAUCCCCCUAUCACCAUCAGGUGCUGCCCUGCAGUGGUUUCAGUCUCAUUGAUGUAGAGAACAACAUACUACUUCUGCCUCAAUCGAAAAGAUCAAAAAACCCCGACAUGCCAAUAUGACCCUGGACAAAAUGAUGGAGAAGUUCUUGCAACAAAGUAUGGAAACAGAAGAAAAAUUUUAUAGGUAUGAAGAGAAGAGGCUUAGAAUUGAGGACAAGAAUCGAUAAAUGGAACAUGCCCAAGAGCUGUGUGGAUGUUGCAAAUACUGGGACAGAUGUUAGCUGCAGUUUCUUCAACUUGACACAAAGGUCACAGUGCAGAUCACCCAGUUCAUCUCAGAAUGCAAAACAUCCAUCCUGUGGAGAGAACAUUAAUUAUAAUACUAUGGCACCAACACUUUCUCCAAUGAUAGCUUUAGAGAAAUCACUUUUACCAUAUAAAGGGCCCUCAGUAAAGAACAUGGAGAAUAUUUUUCAGCUGGUGAGAAAUGUUAUACCCCCUUUAACGACUAAAAAACAUAAAGGACAAGAUGGACGAAUAGGCAUAGUUGGAGGCUGCCAAGACUACACAGGGGCGCCAUACUUUGCAGGAAUUGCAGCCCUCAAAGUGGGUGCAGAUCUCUCCCAUGUAUUCUGUACCAAAGAUGCAGCUCCAGUGAUUAAGUCAUAUAGUCCAGAGUUGAUUGUUCAUCCUGUGCUUGACAGUCCUGAUGCUGUUAAUGAAGUUGAGAAGUGGUUACCCAGAUUACAUGCCAUUGUCUUAGGACCAGGCUUAGGCAGAGAUGAUGCACUGCUGGAGAAUGCUAAGGGCAUUAUAGAAAAAACCAAAGACAGGGGUAUUCCUCUGAUCAUUGAUGCUGAUGGGAUUUGGCUCAUUUCUCUUCAGCCUUCCCUUAUUCAAGACUAUCAGAAGGCAAUUCUCACACCCAAUUGUAUGGAGUUCAAGCGACUCUAUGAAGUCAUGUUUAACACUUCAGUAGAUAGCAGUGAUCUUCAUGGAUGUGUAUUGAAACUCAGUCAAGCCUUAGGGAAUCUGACAAUAGUUCUAAAAGGAGAGAAAGAUGUUAUUUCAGAUGGUGAAAAGGUGAUCGUGUGUAGUCAUGAAGGAAGCCGUCGAAGAUGCGGUGGACAAGGAGACCUUCUAUCAGGGUCACUUGGAGUAUUAGCACAUUGGGCAUUCCUUGCUGGACCUGAAAAAACAAAUGGUCAGAACCCUUUCCUCGUGGCUGCCUUUGGUGCGUGUUCUCUCACACGGCAGUGUAACAACCAGGCCUUUCAGAAAUAUGGGCGCUCGAUGACUACUACUGACAUGAUUGCCGAAGUGGGGAUAGCAUUCGGCAAAUUGUUUGAAACUUGAAGCAAGGGGAGCAAGAAACAUGGGAAGCAAAAUGUCUCUGGCUACAGGAGUCCUUUGGGCACGAGGCUAUAUGUUAAAUCAUGAACCCUCUGAGUGUUAUGGCAGCACAGAUGCUUCUUAUUUUUAAGUCUAGGGAUUAAGGUGAUUACCAUUGGUAUUUCUCGAGAAUUUGUAAUACUGGAAGUGUUGGCUGAAAUAAGAUGUAUUUACAAAUGUUCUAAUAAAACUAAACUGAAAGUA